CCAUUUUAUUUUUCCACACAUCAAAAACACACACACACACACACUCCUUUUCUCUGCCGCUACAUCCUUCCUUCUCGAAUCUUCUCUCUUCUCUUCAACAACAAAUUAAUCAAUGGAGUUUUGGGGUGUUGAAGUUAAAAAAGGUGACACGGUUGAGGUAAAACUUGGUGAAGGCAAGGUUUUGCAUCUUUCACAGGCUUGUCUCGGAGAACCUAAGGGUAACAAACCAAGUGAAUCAGUCUGCUUGCACAUCACUGUUGAAGGGAAGAAGCUUGUUCUAGGAACACUUCAUCCUGAGAGGCUACCUCAGCAACUAUUUGACUUGGUGUUUGACAAAGACUUUGUGGUUUCACACAACUGGAAAAAUGGACCUGUGUACUUUUAUGGAUACAAAGCUGAUCAGCCUGAAGAUGAUCAAGAUGAGUCUGAGGAUAGUGAUUCUGAUGAGGAAGAAGAGGAUAUCCGUCUUCCAAUUUCAAAUGUUGGAUCUGCAGGCAACAAGCAAGAGACCAAGAAAGAAGAAAACCAAGCUUCAAUUAAAAAGAAAGAAGGUAAGCAGAAGGUGAAGAUUGUGGAACCUGAGAAGGAUAGUAAAGGUCAAGAAGACAGCUCUGACUCUGAUGACAGUGAUUCUGAUGAUUCGAUGUCCAACGGUUCUGAUUCUGAGGAGGAUAAUGAUGAUUCCUCAGGCAGUGAAGAAGAAAGCAGUGAUGAGGAGGAAGAGACACCACAGAAGGAGCAAUCUGCAAAGAAGAGACCUAAUGAUUCUGCUAUCAAAACCCCCUCUACUGACAAGAAGGCAAAGCUGUCUACCCCCCAGAAGACUGAUGGCAAGAAAGCUGGAGGCCAUGUAGCCACGCCUCACCCUUCAAAGCAGGCAGCCAAGACUCCAGCAAACAAGUCUAACCAGAAAAGCCCUGCCUCUGCAGCGGAUGGUGCACACUCUUGCAAGACUUGCAACAGGAGCUUCAAAUCUGAUGUUGCACUUCAAUCUCACAACCAGGCUAAACACAAGUAAAUGUUUGAGAAGUGAUUUUGCAUGGAUGAGUGGGUGGCAGAUUUUGUUGAACGAUUAAGUGGGUAGCUUUUAUUAAUGUCUUUGGUCUUGAAGUAGUAGGUUUGUUUUUUAGUAUUGAAAAGAAGCCAUACUCCUAUUCUGACUUGAAUUGUUGUGGAGUUGAACAAGGCAUUUAUGCCCUUGCCAUUUUGGAUUUGGUAGUUCUGAGUUCUUUACUUCUAUAUUA